UCAGUUUUACUGAUAUUGAUUCCUGUUGUAGGAUAUAAAUGGGUUAGGUAUACGGGUGCUCGUUAUUUCGUACCUGGAAUGAUCUCAGUUGGCAAGGAUUUGGAUGGUAUGAUACUUGUUGUUGGACGUGCUUAUCAUAAUGGCGAUAUGCUUCCUGCUAAGGUGAAGCCGGAACAUGGUGUCGCUUAUGUCGCCUAUGGUGGAAAAGAGCAUAUGAAGCAUGAAUUUGAGAUAUUGAUGCCUGCCGAUUUUCGGUGGAUUCCAUCGAGUAAUGGUCAUGUUCCGCCAGAUGCAGUAGAAGCUGGAAAAACGGUAGAAGGAGAAAUACUUUAUGUUGGUCGUGCAUAUCAAAAUGGUGUACCAUGUGUAGGAAAGGUACAUAGAAGUCACGGAGUAAUAUACGUACCUUAUGAAGGCAGAGAAAUCUCACUGAGAAAUUACGAAGUGCUGGUAUUAAAUUAAUUUAUAAAUAUUAUGAAGCAAAUAAAAAAUUACUGCAAUAUA